AUGGGGCUAGAGUUUGAGAAGGGCAACGCCCAGAGGGGCUCCUUGUUCUUUAGGAAGCUAUCCCCGGAGCUCAGACGGCAAAUCUUCAUCUAUCUAUUUGGAGGGUCAAAGGUGCACAUCAAGUUUCUCCAAAGCAAUGAGCAGCUCAAGCGUGAGGGCCAUCCUAAAUCGUCAAGGGUCCCGGGGUGGUGUCACUGCGUCUGCAGAAAAGGGUUAAAAGUACCUAUCCAUCCACACUCAGAAAAAGACCACAAAUGGUGUUACCUGUCGGCGAAUAUUAUAUUUACCUGCAAAUGGGCCUAUCAGAGCGGUCUUCCUGUGCUCUAUCGUACGAACGAACUCAUCCUAGACAAUCCGCAGGACUACACAAUGUUCAGCUCUUGGUUCAACGCCAAGCAAAAGUAUAUUCGAUCAAUGAGCUUGCAUCUCGAAUGCCCGGCUGUCUACGAUGCUCACGAGGGUCUCUGCCACUUGUCUACCGCAUUGCCUAAAUCCUUGCUACUGCAACGCCUGGAAGUGCGAAUGCUCCUCACUGGUCUUGGAACUCAUCAUGGAGGCUUGGAAAGGGACAAAGAAUUGAUGUUGAGAUGUCUUAGAAUGUUCCUGCGGGGUGGCCUGAGCAAAGGCAAGGUUGAGCUGCUUGUGUUGCAUCUGCCGGAAGCUAUGAAAGCGAUCGUGGAAGGCGAUAAACAAGGCGAUGUUGCGAUUUGGGAAAAUGUCGAUUGCCAGUUUGAACCUGACGAUGGGUUUGUUAAUGAUGACAAUCGCCCAGAAGAAGAAGCUCCGGAGUCCGACGACGAGAACCAUGGCCUCUAUAUCUUUCCCACACAAGGGGACUUCUAA